AUGUCUAUCAUUACUUUGAUAAUUUGCUUAACCACACAAAUGAGAUGCCGUUCAGCGUUUAAAGGAAUAAAACGCUAUAUAGAAAGAAUACUGGAUAGACUGAUUUUUCCAGCAAGAUCAUGCAAAGAAUACCAGAGCUUAAACGCUUAAGAAGUUAAAUACUUUAGUGUUGUUAGAAGAAAUGCAGGAGAAGGCAAUCAAAAUUAGAGGUGCAAUAAUAUUGAAUUUAAUAGAAUUGUCCCUUACGCCUUCCUUAGAAACGAACUGUAUCCAAAUACGAAAUACUAUGUCAUCUAUUUUCAUGGAAAUGGGGAGAACAUUGAUGAUGCAGCACAUCUUGUAAGGAAGCUUAUGAAGUCUUUGAAGUUUCAUGCAUUCUUAAUAGAAUAUCCUAAAUAUGGAAUUUAUUAAUAUACUGAAACAAAUGCCAAGAUAAUUUUAGAAGAUUCCAUUCUGGCAUACGAGUAAAUCAAAGAAGAAAAUAAGUUAGAUGAUAGUCAAAUAUACAUUUUUGGGAGAUCAAUAGGAACAGGACCAGCUAUCCAUGUUGCUUCUUAAAAAAAUUGCAGAGGUUUAGUUACUAUUUCUGCUUACAGGUCUAUCAAAUAACUUGUAAGAGGAAUGGUUUUUGGUGUUGGAUUCUUUGUCAGUGCUAUCAUGGAUGAAAGAUUUAACAAUGAAGAGAACAUUGCAAAAGUUCGAUGUCCUGCUCUAUUUAUACAUGGUGUUGAUGAUACUCUCAUACCUUCUCAUCAUUCAAUUUUCCUUUAAAGAAAAUUAUAUAAUUAAAAUCAAAAUGCACGAUAGGAAUUAUUCUCUAAUAUGAAUCACAAUAACAUUGAAGGAUUUGAAUAUGAGAUUUCAGAGAAAAUUGCGCUAACCUUCUAAGAAUUGAGUAAAGCAAAUGACUGA